CAUUUAGAACUGCUUUAUAAUGCGGGGAUUCCCUGAGUUACAGAUUUUAUAAAAUGGCUCAAAAAAGUGUUCGCGAUGUCCAACAACAUUUCGCUAAAAGGCAUUCAAAAGUCAGGAGUGCGCAUAUGCCUGUGACGAUCCUCGUUUUAGUAGUGCAACAGGAAAUCCCAGAUACGGAUAUUUUUGAUAGUGAAAUCUAUACAUGUCACCAUAUUAUAUCUAAGCAUAAGCAGGCUGCCAGCGGCGAUGAUAGAACCUUUGUAGACGAAGAUGGAAACACUUAUAAUGAUUGGAAACAUUUCAAGCAAGAAAAUAAAUUGGAAUGUGGUAUUAUGGUCGCACCGCUGAAUGGCAAUUACUCUUUCGACGAUGAUGGUAAAGUGAAGCUGGAAUUUUCGGAAACACCAGUUGCCAAGUCUCCGACGAUUCGUGAAGUUCAGCAAGACUUUGCUGUUGAGAGUGAAUCUUUUGCUGGUUUAAAUAGUAAGUCAAAUAUGAUUUAUGUGUUAAUCACAGAUGUGAAGGACUUCGAAAAUAUAGAAAAUGUGAGAAAGUUCACAUGUCAUCCUGUGAUACGAUCGAAUAACUCUAAUUCUGAAAUUUUCGUUGACGAAGAUGGAAAGUCAUAUAUGAAUUGGGAAUGUUUCAAAAGAGAAAACAAAUUGCCUUGUGGCAUUAUGGUUGCCCCAUUGAAUGGUCAUUAUAGUUUUGAUGGAGAUCGAAAAGUAGAGCUAGAGUUUUUGGAAACGCCAUCUUUAGCUGGAGUUGUUGGUAAUAGACAAAAUAAGUCAGAAAUUUUGGAAAGGCCUUCUUUGAAUGAUGAUGCUACCAUUCGCGAAGCUCAGCUAUAUUUUGCAAGCAAAAGUAAAUCUGGAGAGGGAAACAUGUCAGCAAGCAGCAUAUACGUGAUGGUCACAAAACAGAUGGACAUUUAUAAUGCCAUGAAUUCUCGGGAGUUUUCCUGUCAUUUUGUUUUACGAAAAGACGAUGUCAUAACUGAGAAUCAAAUGUUCGUUGACGACAACAACAUAGAAUACACAUCGUGGAAUGUUUUUAUUUGCAAAAAUAAAUUGCCGCAGGGCAUUAUGGUCGCACCUUUGAAUGGAAUUUACAGUUUUGACGAAAAUGGAGUUGUUGAAUUAGAGAUAAGAUUAACUCCAGUGAGCAUUCCAACGACGCCAAAUCAAUUAAAAACUAUCGGCAGUCUUCAACAGCACUUUGCCGACAUGAAUAAAUAUGGAGUGGAUAUGGAAAUGGAUUCGACUGUUUUACACAUUCUCGUUACUUCAAAUGAGUAUGAAAAUGUCUUAGAAGCAAAGGAGUUUGAAGAUUUUUGCGUUAAGCGUAAAAAGUAUCAAGAUAAAUUGGAAACUGAAUAUUUUUAUGAAGACGAGAGUUGUAACAAAUAUCCUAGCUGGAGCUGUUACCUGAAAGAUAAUGAUUUGCCAGAUGGCAUAAUGGUUGCGCCGCACAAUGGCGAGUACACAUUCGAUAAUAAUGGUAAUGUAAAAUUGGACAUACAGCCAACGCCAACAAGACGCAGAAAAAUGCGAACAAUUUUGGAAGUACAGCAGGAGUUUGCAGACAACAGUGGAUUCAAUAAAGAAAUAAUUUGGGACUUAUUAUCUGCAAAUCAGUGUGAUAUUUUGAGGGAUAAAAUAACGAAGCUCAUUCCAGACCAAAAAAGAGGGCAGAACAGAAUAGAAGAAACGCGAAAAAUUAUUUUAGAUAGUGUUUGGUCUCAAAGGAAAUACACCAACGGAAACUCUUUAAGUGCAAUCAUAUAUGUGUUAGUUACCGAUUGUGAAGACGAAACAACUGCUUUAAGCGCCAAGGAAUUUUCUUGUCAUCCCGUAUUUCGAACUAGAAAAUGCACAGCUAAGGGCGACAGUUCAAGUUGUUGUAUGAUAUUUGUGGAUGAAUUGGGACGAGUGUAUCAAAACUGGAAAACUUAUCUGGCAAAUAACGAGCUCCCAUCCGGUAUGAUGAUAGCACCGGGAAACGGUAUUUACACAACCGACGGAAAUAAGAUCGUGGAAUUAGAAAUACGUAUGACACCAAAUGGCAGUACUGCUAGAAAGGCACUCAACUACGCGGACACAACGACAGCCGUUGCUGGAUUUGGUGCCGCUGCAAUACCGGUAGCAUCCCUGAUGGUGGCUGUAACCCCUCCACUUUUGAUUUGUGCUUCUGCUGUUUGUGCAACCACUGCUGCAUAUUCAACAAUCCGAUCGGUAUAUAAUUUAGUAGACCGUAAAAAACAUGAACAGUCAAUUGGUCUUAGUAAUUCGCAAGCUAGAAAUUCUUGGCUAGGGGUGGGUGCUGGUGUUCUUGGAAUGGGCGCGGCCGGUGCUACUAAGGUCAUGACAGCCGCCGCAGCUGCUGGCCAGGAAAUUUCAUUGGUUACAGAAUUGUUUGUGAACGGGAUGAACAUUUCAUCUAUCGUAUUAUCAGGAUCAGGGGUGGCAAAUGGAAUAUUGGAUAUAGUUCUUAAAUAUCGUGACGACGAGGAUGUGUCUCACAUAGAUGUACUUCAACUUGCAGCGUCUUUGGUGCUUUUCACUCAUUCUGUCCGCAAUUUUCGCCUGGCGUCAACACUUAUAAACGAAACACGUCACGCUACAAUUCAGGACUACCGAAAAUCGCUAAGUAAUCGUCAAAGAAAAAUGUUCGAUAAAAUGGCUAAAGAAACAGUCCGUAUCCGUGGUGAAAGUCGUGGAAAUGUAGACAUUAUCCGCAGUGUUAAUGACAUGCCCUCCAAGCAAUAUCUAAAUGAUUUGUAUAAAAUAAAUAAGAAGUUAAAUGAAGCCAAAGUACGUCCAUCAUUCGGAUCUGCUGGUGAUGGUAUUGUACUGAACAAUGAAGUGUCAGUCAAUGCGAAAGUUUUGCGAAACAAUGUGCAACAUAACCAAGGCCCUAAUGUACUGAAUACAGUUACGCAACCAAUACCUGAAUCACAUCCAGAAGCGAAUGCUGCAAUCAAUUCACGCUUGCUGCCCUCUAACAAUCUAAACCAGCUACCACAAUCUAGUGAUAUUGGGAUAGCAGCAAUUGUUCUUCCUAAUAGUGUCCUAAUUCCUUUGGCCGAAUAUGGAAAAAAGCUCAGUGAUAUUAUUGCCAAUUCUAACAGCUUUGAAGACAUUAUAACAACGAUGGCAGAGGCUUAUACAGAGAAUGCAUUCCGUUUCUUAAUGAAAAUAGCACAAGAAUUUGUUGAAAAAAUGCUGGAUAGCAUAAGAACUAAGAUACACAUUUUUAUAUCAGCCGAAUGCAUACUAUACCGUAUAUUUUUGCAUUGUCAAGAGAAAUACAUAGACCAGUCUUAUGAAUACCUAGCCGAUAAAAAAGAUAGCAUUUUAAACGCUAUUAAAGAGUAUUUUCAAUCUCUGAAUCCUAAUAGUGAUACAAAUUUAACAAAAUGUGAUAUUUGUAUUGGAUCUUAUUCGAUAUGUACACUAUGAAGAUACAGAAAUAUGUAUAUAUUUACAAAUUUUUCGUUUUGCACAAUCAGUUUCAGAAAAGUCGUCAUGGGAAGCUUUUUGUAAUAUUAUUGUAGUAUAUUAGCUAUUUUGUAACAAUUAUCUAGUAGUUUCUUCGCAUUUAUGUAAUAAUGCUUUUAACAAUAUCCAUAUAUAUAUAUAUAUUUUUUUU